GGAAAUUGAACGCGCGUCCGGUUCCGGGCAGCCGGUGGGCGCCGCUGAAGCGGAGGUUCUGGAAGGGCGGAGCGAGGGGGCCGUGCGGGGGCUCCGCCGCUGCGGAACGUCUGCGUGCGGAGCCCGGACAGAGACUUUGGAUUGCAGUUCUCUAGCACAGAGUAACAGAGAAACUGGCUGAGACUGUCACUCGAAUGCCGUGUGCUUGACAGAGAAUUGCUAGGAUGGGCAACAGUGCAUUAAAAGCCCACCUGGAGACAGCACAGAAAACUGGUGUGUUUCAGCUGACUGGAAAGGGACUUACUGAGUUUCCUGAAGAUCUGCAGAAGCUAACAAGCAACUUAAGGACAAUAGAUUUGUCGAACAACAAAAUAGAACUCUUGCCACCUCUCAUUGGAAAAUUUUCCUUUUUGAAGAGCCUUGCUCUAAACAACAACAAACUGAAUGCUUUACCUGAGGAGUUGUGUAAACUGAAAAAACUGGAAACACUACACUUGAAUGGCAAUCACCUGAGGCAGUUACCGGCUGCAUUUGGACAACUUUCAGCUCUCAAAACCCUGAGCCUUUCUGGAAACCAGCUUCGGACUGUGCCUACACAACUCUGUGGUCUUCGCCACUUGGAUGUGGUAGAUCUUUCGAAAAACCAGAUCCAAAAUGUGCCCGACAGUGUGGGAGAAUUGCAGGCUAUCGAACUCAAUUUGAAUCAGAAUCAGAUUUCCCAGAUCUCAGUGCAGAUAUCCCACUGUCCACGCCUCAAAGUCUUGCGUUUAGAAGAAAACUGUCUAGAACUCAGCAUGCUUCCUCAAAGUAUCCUUAGUGAUUCCCAGAUCUCACUGCUUGCAGUAGAAGGCAACCUUUUUGAAAUCAAGAAACUCAGAGAACUGGAAGGUUAUGACAAGUACAUGGAACGAUUUACAGCUACAAAGAAGAAGUUUGCAUGAUCAUUAUUCUGACCCGGUAUGUUACUUAAUAAGAAGAGAGACUAGAAGGACCUGCUCCACUGACUUAAACCAAGACGGAUGAAGGAAAUGAUCAGAGUACUCCUCCUCUAGUAGACUGAUAGAGCCUGUUAAGGCUGCAUUGAAUAAACUUGAACUAGAGAACAUAGGUAUUGAACUGAUGAACCUACCCAGGGGCCAGUUUUGAUUUUUGUGCCACAAUAGCUUUUAACACAGUAUGUGUUCUCCUUUGUCACGGCUUGUUCUUUCACAGAGAAAGGGAAUGAGCAUUUCAAAGUUGCCAGUUCCCUUUUGUCAUGGCUGUUGAUUUGUAAGAGGAUUAUUUCUUCUGGAAACAUUUUUCCAUGAUAGCACAUGGAAGUUCUACCACCAAAGCAUUGUAUGUCUUGCAGUAAGCACUAUUCUACAGAGAAGAACUUCUAUAGGCAAGGUUUUAAUUUAUAACCUGUAUGAAUUUUUUUUAUGAAGCACAAGUAGUUGUGGUUAAAUGUUUUAUUAACAGCUUCCAGUAAACAAAUUGUGAUUUGAGCAUCCUUCAUUCAUAUUUUAUUGUAUAGGCUUUCUUUUCCCAUAAGCGAAAAUUGCACUACAGCCCACUUCUGCUUGAGCUUUAUUGAAUAAAAACUAGGUUCAACUUCAAUGUAUUUACUAAAAAUGUAUAUUGCUAGAAAAUAUAAUAUCCUUGCACUGACUCCUUCUGUACAGAGCAAUGCUGAAGGUUUUAGUCAUCAGCUCACUGCUGCUGCCUUACUACCAAAAGCACCUAGAAAGAGGUAAAAAUGUGUACAAUUAUGUAACUUAUACUGAAAAGGAAAAUGUACUUGUAUAUUUUAGUAAAUUAUUUUCAAAAAAUCA